CCAUUGAUUACUACCAGGCCAACCCCAUAUCAACAGAACCCAAAAAGUGUUCCAAUCAGAAAGAAGAAAGAAUACUUGGGGUGAAGAAAAGUGGAAUCGGAGGAAAUGACACCAUCCCAUUAGAGAAAGAGAGCUUCAUUCAAGAGGAAGAUGAAGAUGAUGAGCAGUGCUGCACUAGAAAGCCCUAAAAGAAAGCUCUCAAUCAAAGGACUAGGGGGGUUCAUGAAGGAACAGAGAGGUAGGCUCUACAUAAUAAGGAGAUGCGUUGUUAUGCUCUUGUGCUGGCAAGAUUAAAGCCAAAAGAAGGAGAAAAACGAAAGGGAUGGUGGAAUUACUGCAGUACUCAGUCCUCGCCACCAGCUUGGAAGCAAGUGAUGACGGCCAGAUUUUCCUUCAUUUCUUUUUCAAUCUCUUCUUCUUGGUACCAGCGCAAGUGUACAGGAGGAGUCUCUCUCAAAGUCUUUCCCCUCUUUUUCUUGUUAAUAUGCUCUUUUUAUUUACCUUUCUGUUCAUGUCUGGGAGAUCAGACUGGGACUAGGCAAGAAAACCCAAUGUUUGUCUCAGUUUUUUUCCCCCAUGAAUUCCUCUUCCUCAUUUUAGAACUGCAAAAUUGGGAUCUUUUGAACUUUUUGCCUUUUGUCUUCAAAAGACCAAGCUACUAAUAGCCUUCAGGAUGUCUUUCGUUUGAUGUAAUUUGUUGAAGGGUCUUGCACAUGGCUGAGCCAAAUCUUCAUUGGUUAAUUUCAAAUUGUGGAUGCUUGGUGGGAGAGAGAGAGAGAGAGAUAUCAAUCUUUACUAUGAUUGAG